AGGCGCUGAAGCUUGACCCGAACCACGCCGAGGCGAAGAACGGUUUGCAGAAGUGCUUUGCGCAGAAGGCCGGAUACGGCAUGUUUCAGGAGGAGCGCGCCCAGCAGGCCAUGCAGGACCCGGAGAUCCAGGCAAUUAUGGCUGACCCCGUGAUGCAGCAGAUUCUGCAGCAGAUGUCCCAGGACCCCAAGGCCCUGGCAGAGCACAUGAAGAACCCUGCGAUUGCGGAGAAGAUUACGAAGCUGGCCCAGUCUGGCAUCCUGUCCUUCCGAUGAUCGGUCACGCCACACCCCACGUCACUGCGCACGCACACCCACGUUCACACAAGCACAAACACACACACACACAGAUCACACAUGUAGCAUGACACCAGCAUCUUAUUGUGCGUGCCUGUGUGCCUCUGUGUCCUUGAGCCAUGGUGCUGCUGUGCUCGCGCCUGUGUCCUUUCCUCUCUUCGUCCCGCUCGUCUGUGUUGUGCGCCUUCUUGUUUGUGUUGUUUUGUGUCGGUGUCAAUGGUUCUAGAGAUGCGCCUUGCGUUCACUUCACAGCAAAGACACAAGCAAAUGACAAGCCAACAGAGC